AUGAUAUCUCACACACGCUACAAAGAGAUUGAGAAUAAUCAUUCCAACCGAAGAUCCGCAAAAUGGGUCUAACAGAGAAGAACGAGGAGGAGGAGGAGAUGAACAGGAGAAAGGAGGAUGAUCCAGAAGAAGCAGCAGCCAAGGAGUCAUUGUCCAUAGAGCAAAUCUUCGCUAGCAAAGAGGUGCCUCCAUGGCAAAAGCAGGUGACUAUAAGAGCCUUGGUGGUGAGCUUCGUGUUGUCUAUUCUGUUCACCUUCAUAGUGAUGAAGCUGAACCUGACCACUGGGAUUAUACCGUCCCUCAACGUGUCUGCUGGGCUUUUGGGGUUCUUCUUCAUCAAGACUUGGACCAAGUUGGUUCAGAAAUCUGGGAUGUUAAAGCAGCCCUUUACAAGGCAAGAGAACACUGUUAUUCAGACCUGCGUUGUCGCCUCUUCUGGCAUUGCUUUUAGCGGCGGCUUCGGUAGUUACCUCUUCGGAAUGAGUGAAGUUGUUGCUAAACAAUCUUCAGAAGCUACCAGUGCAAAAGAUAUUAAGAACCCAGCAUUAGGAUGGAUAAUUGGGUUUAUUUUUGUUGUUAGCUUUCUUGGCCUCUUCUCGGUGGUGCCUCUUCGAAAGAUUAUGAUCAUAGACUUCAAAUUGACAUAUCCAAGUGGCACUGCAACUGCCCAUCUUAUCAACAGCUUUCACACGCCUCAGGGUGCCAAGCUAGCAAAAAAACAAGUGAGAGCAUUGGGCAAGUUCUUCUCCUUUAGCUUUCUUUGGGGUUUCUUCCAAUGGUUCUUCACUGCAGGUGAUGACUGUGGAUUUGUAAGCUUCCCUACUUUUGGUCUCAAAGCCUAUGAGAACAAGUUCUACUUUGAUUUCUCAGCUACUUAUGUUGGCGUUGGAAUGAUCUGUCCAUAUCUAAUUAACAUAUCUCUACUUGUUGGAGCAAUUCUUUCAUGGGGUAUCAUGUGGCCUCUCAUAGAUAACAAAAAGGGCUCUUGGUACUCUGCAGAUCUCAGCCCAAGUAGCCUACAUGGCCUGCAAGGUUACAAGGUCUUCAUAGCUAUAGCCAUGAUCCUUGGUGAUGGCCUGUACAAUUUCCUUAAAGUCCUUAGUCGAACUCUAUUGGGUUUGUAUAAACAACUAAGUAAGAAAGACUCAGGUGUAGUUAUCCCUGUAGCAGGUAACUCCUCCCCUCAGAAUACUCCGUCACAGUCUUAUGAUGACCAAAUUCGGACCCAACUAUUUCUCAAGGACCAGAUUCCAUUAUGGCUUGCCAUAGCUGGUUAUGUGACUAUAGCAAUUAUAUCUGCUGCAACACUUCCCCAUAUAUUUCAUCAGCUCAAAUGGUACUACAUUGUUGUUAUUUACAUCAUAGCACCACCAUUAGCCUUUUGCAAUGCUUAUGGUUGUGGGCUGACAGACUGGUCCCUAGCAUCCACAUAUGGAAAGCUAGCUAUCUUCACGAUUGGUGCAUGGGCAGGUGCUUCUCAAGGUGGAGUUCUCGCAGGUCUAGCAGCAUGUGGGGUCAUGAUGAACAUUGUGUCCACAGCAUCUGACUUAAUGCAAGACUUUAAGACAGGUUACAUGACAUUGGCUUCACCAAGGUCCAUGUUUGUGAGUCAAAUUAUUGGAACAGCAAUGGGUUGCGUUAUUUCUCCUUGUGUUUUCUGGCUCUUCUACAAGGCUUUUAAUGGUCUUGGAACUCCAGAUUCAGAAUACCCUGCACCUUAUGCUCUUGUUUACCGUAACAUGUCGAUAUUGGGUGUUCAGGGGUUCUCGGCUUUGCCAAAGCACUGCCUCACACUUUGCUACGUGUUCUUCAUUGCAGCCGUAGUCAUUAACGGUAUUAGAGAUGCAGUGGGAAAGAAAAGGGCUAGUUAUAUUCCACUUCCUAUGGCAAUGGCAAUACCCUUUUAUCUUGGAUCUUACUUUGCCAUUGAUAUGUGUGUAGGGAGCUUUAUACUGUAUGUGUGGGGGAAGUUAAACAAGGCUAAGGCUGAUGCGUUUGGACCUGCUGUAGCAUCUGGGUUGAUUUGUGGUGACGGGAUUUGGACUCUACCAAGUUCAAUACUCGCUUUGGCAGGUGUCAAUCCACCCAUUUGCAUGAAAUUCUUAUCGAGAGGAACAAAUGUAAAGGUGGAUGGUUUCUUAGCGUCUUAAGGGCCAGUCUGGAUUAUUGUCGAAAAUAGAGCUAUUGUGUAGAGCUUUGCCAAAAAGAUCUAUUACUGAAAAUUUGAAGGUGUUUGGUAAAUUGCAGUUAUAGACCUUAAAGCUAAAACAACUGUUUGUCCAUUGUGAAUCCACCAUGUGCGUUUUCAA